ACAGUAGAGUACAAGUCAGGGUGUGCAGAGCACAAAAUCCAGCUAAAGCAGGGCUGAGAAAGAGAGCUUCUUCAACGGGUCCAGAGACAUCUCUUUCCAUUUUCAGAUCUGCACCUGGCAUCUGUGGGAAUCUCUAUGCCUGAAGAAGCCCCUGCAGUGACGGCAGCUAAGGAUUAAUAGGAAGAAUAACCAGAUACCCACUUUGGAACUCUGCUGAUAAUCUGCUACCUCAACUCUCUCCUCUAUCACAGCUUCUGAGAAGAAUCCUCCUUUCCUAGGGAUUUAAUUUCCAGCCAAGAAAAAAUUGGACCCCAACACCAUGGUUGUUAAAGACAGCUGGGAUACUGGGGACACUCGGUUUGGGGUGCUCCUGGAGCCCUUUGUCCAUCAGGUUGGGGGGCAUGUGAGCAUGAUGAAAUAUGAUGAACAUACCAUCUGCAAACCCCUUAUAUCUCAGGAACAGAGAUUCUAUGAGUCCUUACCCUUGGCCAUGAAGCAGUUCACACCACAGUACAAAGGCACUGUCACUGUGCAUCUCCUGAAAGACAGCAGGGGCCAUUUCAGUCUUGUUGCGAGUCCACUGUCUGAUAACCAUGGCUCCUAUGAUGUAUCACCUGAGUCUUCGGUGAUGCUACUACAGAAGCUGCAGAAGAAUGGCAGUGGCCACAACAGUGACCUUCCUCUUGUUCAAUGGAAGCACACUCAACUGACAAAGUCUCUUAAGGAGAGCUGUCCAGGCAAAACGCUCCUGAGGACCGAAAUCCAUGUCUCCUCCUUUAUGGAAGAUACAAAUGGCAACCAGACAGAGAAGAAGAGCUGCAAUCCUUGGAGACUGCGCUGUCAUAAGGAACACUUGACUCGAAUGUAUUCGGAAUACCAAGAGAACAAAAUGCACCGGUUUUUGUUGCUUGAAAACGUGGUGUCAAAGUACAAGUAUCCUUGCAUUCUGGACCUAAAGAUGGGAACCAGGCAACAUGGAGAUGAUGCCUCCGAGGAAAAGAAAGCCCGUCACAUCAAAAAAUGUGAACAAAGCACCUCUGCUUCCCUUGGGGUUCGCAUUUGUGGCAUGCAGGUUUAUCAAGCUGACUCAAACCUCUUUCUCUGCAAAGAUAAAUAUUAUGGAAGGAAACUUUCAACUGAUGGGUUCAGGCAAGCACUCUAUCAAUUUUUGCACAAUGGCUUACACCUUCGAACAGAUCUCCUGGAACCCAUUCUCUUCCAACUCAAGGAUCUCCUUUCAGUCAUUAAGAACCAGUGUUCCUAUCGUUUCUACUCCAGUUCUCUCCUCAUCAUUUAUGAUGGACAAAUGCCCCCAGAAAGAACCACAGGAAGUCAUCACUUGCAAAAGACAAACUGCUCCUCCCCAGAAGGACUCUUCAAAGUUGAUGUCCGUAUGAUAGACUUUGCACAUACAAUUUACAAGGGCUCCCGAUACAACCACACCAUCUAUGAUGGACCAGAUCAUGGCUAUAUUUUUGGCCUAGAAAAUCUUAUCCAGAUCCUUCAGGAUAUCUCAGAGGUUGAAUAACACUUAAUGAGAUUGCAAGGGGGACCUACUUCUAGCAAGGGUAAACUAUAUAUCCCUUUUUAACUACCAUGUCUGCUUAUAAGAGCUGUUUGCAAGAAGAGCUCAGAAAGCUUCUCAAAAAGGCAUGAGACUUUUAUGGGAAAAAAAUGCUAAAGAAGCCAGCCAGUGGUAAACCCACAUUGAAUUAAUUCCACAUACUCUUGAAUCACAAUAUAAAGCUAUUAGCACCAAAGGAGAAUUCAACUGAGCAGCUAGGAGGUACAGUGAAUAAAAUGCUGGGCCUGGAGUUAGAAAGACUCAUCUUCUUGAAUUCAAAUCUGGCCGCAGAAACAUCUUGGCUCUGUGACCCUGGACAAGUCACUUAACCCUUUAUACUUCAGUUUCCUCAUCUGCAAAAUGAGCUGGAGGAGGAAAUGACAAACCAAUACCACUAUCUUUGCCAAGAAAAUCCCAAAUGGAAUCAUGAAAAGUCAAAUACGAUUGAAAACUAUUGAACAAAAAGAAUUCAAUAUAAUAUGGGCACAUUUUGGAUGUCAUUCAAGAGUAUUUAGUAAUUGAAAUAACAAAAUAACCUCAUUAAUAGGUAGUUUUAGCUAUCAAUUGGUCCCACAGAAUGGACUUCAAGGACAAAAUAAUAGCAAAAUACUGGUAUAUUUGCAUCUAAGAAGCUCUUCAAUUUAUUUUGCUACAAUCCUAUAGAAACUUCAAGGUAACUAAAAACAGUACUUGGAAAAAGUCUCAAAGACAUAUUAUAGAUAAUUUCAAUGUCUUUCUGCCCACAUGAGCUACUUAUUCUGAAAAAUGCAAGAAGAGUUUGUUAAAGGGUUUAUCCUUUUUAAGUGACACUUUCCAAGGGCCAUUAUCCAAUAGGAUGUUUACAAAUCUUGGCUUUUUUUUUCCUUUUUCAUUCAGGCUCACAACAGUGGGCAAACAAUAAGAUUAUGCAUGAGUAAUGGCAAAAGCAGAAAACUAAGUUUUCCACUGCCAUGAAUCAACAUCUGUGUGUCUCACAGAGGCUAACUAUAUAGAAUCAUGAAUGAUUCAUUAGAAUGAUUCUGAUAUGCCUUGAUCAUCUUGACACUCAUUCUGUGACUUAUAGCUCCAAAUAGAAUAAUGUGUCAAAGAGGAUCGACUAUUUUACAUAUAUAUAUAUAGUCCUUAAGAGGCACUAGGAAGCCAAGUAAAAUGUUUACAAGAUUAGGGGAUAAAUGUAAAUAUGGAGCAAGCUGCAAAAAGUUCUAACUAAUUCCUUUCUGUGUGAAAACCUAUUACAACACCCUAUUAGAGGGAUAUAGAGCUUAAUUAAGAAAAUUAAUUUGUUAAUAAAAUUGUUUGGGUCACUAGUGCUUGCUUGGUAUGUUUGAUUAGGCUUUCUGUUUAUUUAUUCUAAUCAGCAUGACAAGGGGAGCCCUGAAAUUCUCUCUCACUUUCUCCGACUUUGGGGGGGGGGGGGGAAACUUGGUAAACUCCCUCAGAGAAGCUCUCCCCUGAGAGAUCCACCUCAGGGAAUCAAGAUAAAGUGGUUUCAUUCUGUUAUCUGGGUGAGACUAGUUGAGUCCAGGACCACUCUUAUUUAGCCCAAGCUGGAGAACUAGAUUUCUAGCCAACUCUAUUGAGUUGGAGAUUAGUCCAGGGACAUUCAUUCAAAUGGAAAAUUUCUACUCAAUUCCGAACAUCUCUGUCUGAUUCCAACUCAAACUGCCCCCCAGCCUCUAACAAAAGUUUCAAUUAUAAAAAGAGGCAACUUGGGACUCAUUCCUUGCAGAUGACCUAAUCAUGCCAAGGAACCUCUCUCUCCCCUUGGCAUACCUUUGACCCUCUGCUCGCUGAAAAGACAUUCUCUUUUCAGCAUUACUCUCUCUUUAUCUCUCUCACCUACUUCCCUAACAGAACCCUACCUACCUUUCUUUCGGGAUUUCUCUGCUAGAGGAUUUCUCUGCUAUCCUACUACUAAGGAAACCAGCCUCCUAGCAAAAGCUGACUUCCCAGUGCCAAUAAACUUCUUUUGCCAGUUUAA